AUGAAAAACAACAUUUACUAUUAUAAUUUUGCCUUGAAAGAUUACGGUAGCGCUACGGUGGGAAAACUUUUGGACAUGGUCAAAGUUGUAGCUUUCGCUGUGCAAGAAGGAAGAGUUGCCAUUCACUGUCAUGCCGGCAAAGUUUUCGUGUGCGCGUAUUCGCUCGAGGAGGAUACGCAAUCCGUUCGGUUCGAAAUAGCAGGAUGAUGUCAGCAGAAAGCGGCAUCCAUGGAGCGACUUGGUAUUCCGGAAAAGGAAUGUAGCAGUAGCAGCAGCAGCAGCAGCAGCAGCAGGAGCAGCGACAGCAAUCGGUGAGUGAAUUUUUAUCAUGUAUAUGUGAAACAAAAUGAAAUGUGAUAAACGUGAUGCGAGAUAAAAUAUUGGUUCUGUUGAUCCUUGCUAUAUCUGUACAGUGUCAGUAUUGCACAUUUAUAGAACACGAUUAUGCACAUUUGCAUAAAACAGAUUUAAAAUAUGAAUGUAAUUGUAAAAUUUACGGGUAUAGCAUGAAACAGAA